AUGGAUAAGCUUUGGUUAAGUGCUGAUGAAAAAAAAAGGUAUCAAAAGAUUUACUCAAAGCUUUAGCAAAACAACUACCUAUCUAAAGAUAAGUUAAUUAAGUUUAUCACAAGCAGAGCAUAAAUUAGUAGUUCAUAAGCUAAGGAGAUAGUAGGUAAAGGAUUCUUAGUUUCUAAAGAAUCUAACCAAAUGGAUUUAACUGGUUUAUUCUAUUUAAUGAAGUAUGUAGCAUUGAUUUAGAAUGGUGGAAGUGAAACAGAUGAAAUUACUCAAAUACAAAAGGAGCUUCCUUUGGCUCACUUAAAAGAAUCUAAAAAAGGUUCUGAUUCCUAAGAAAAAUCAGGCAGCAUACACUAAAAAGAUGAAUUAAAAUAAAAAGACCAUAAUCUAAACAAUAUUGAAGAUUUAGAAGAAAAUAAAUAAAAUAUAGAUAAUUAGUCGAAUGGAAGAAAAGUUAGCGAGUUAAUUUCUAAAUCUGUAAAAGAAAAUUCUCAGGAAAUAGUUGAGUAGGAAGAAAAAAAAAUAGAUAAAUAAAUAGAAUUAAAUAAUUCUUUUUUACACUAGUCAAAUGUAAGCGUAAAUGACAUGAAUUUUAGUAGUUUUUAGUCAUCAUAAAAUAACCUAAAAGAUCAAGCCGUUUUAAAUUAGGUUGGCAAAAAUUCAAAUUCGCCAGUAAAUAUUUAAGAAAAUGAACAAAAUUAAAAAAAAUAAGAUGGAGAGCAUGAAGAGCAAGAAGAAUAAAAGGAAGUAAAUUAGCAGGAUUAUAAUAAAAAGAAUGCAAAUUAAUAAGGUCAGCAGAAUAUAAAUUUAAAUUAUAAUAUAAGAGACUGCAGGCUUUUAACUUUCGGAAAAGAAUAAGCUGAGGAUUUAAAAUCUAUAUUAAAAGAGAUGAAAGAGAAUGAAUAACAAGUUAAUAAUAAUAAACAUGAAAAUGGAGAUUUUUCUAUAAAUUAGGAUAAAAAUGCUUUAUAAAAAGAUAAAGAUCAAUCUUUUAUCAAUUAAAAUGGAAUUUCUAAAGUUAAGUUAAAUGAUUAAAAGAGUUAACCAGAGAGUUUUUCAGCUAUUCAAGAAAAAGAAAAUGAAUAAAGAGAAAAUAUUUCUGAAGUUAAAUAAUUUGAUAUAUUUUCUAAUCAAAAUCUUCCAUAGUAACCUUAAAUUUAUUUCGAAUUCAAUUAAGAACCUGAUAUAUAUUCUGAACAUAAUGAUGGCAAUGUAAACUCAGUUUAUGAAUAGAAAGAAUAGCCUUAACAGCCAUUUUUUGAAUAAAAAGCAUUUUAAAAUACAGAAAAAGUAUAAAAAUAAUCAAUUGAGGAAAAUUAAUAGAGAUUUAUUAUUGAAGACUAGAAGUAAAAAGAGUUAGAUGAUGAAGAUUAAAAGCUUAUAAAAUCUGUAAGCCAAGUAUUUUAAAAAGAUGAUUAGAAAUAGAUUUAGCACGCCUUUGAUUUUUUUAAAUCUAAUAGAGAAGAUAACAUAUUAAAUAAAUCUAAAGUAAAGAAAGAAAAAAACAUAAAGAGAGUUAAAAUAACAGGACACAGAAAUGAGUACGAAAAUUAUAUAAAGCAAUAUACUCUUUAUUACAUAGAAACAACUGUUGAUGGUAGAAAAAUUACAGUAGAAAGAAGAUAUAACAAUUUUAGGGCGUUGCACGAAUACUUUGAAAAUAGUGUUGAUUACUACGGAAUUAUAAAACCUAUCUUACCAAGCACGAAUAUGACAAGCAUAGCAAUAGGAUAAUAUAUAGGAAAGCAGGAGCAGUAGCAAUUAGAUCAAAGAUAGAUAGAUUUAGAAAAUUAUCUAAAUCUUUACUUGCAAAAUGAAAUUCUUAGGCAUGAUAAAGUUCUAACAUCUUUCUUAGAAGAGAAGCAAUUCAUUCCACCAGCUGAUACAUAGUUCUCAUAUGUAGAAUGGGUUAAAAAGAUGGUAGCAAAUGUUUAAGAUACUGAUUUUUCUGAAUGGAGAGAUUACACUGAAGCAAAGAUGAAAAUAACACUUAAUGAAUUUUUUAAGUUAGGAGAUAACGAAGUUGAUACUAGCGAUGUAGAUUCUAAAAUGGAAUAAGUUAAUUAAUUAGGCUAGCAAGUAAAUAAAAUAAUUGAAUUCUUGAAUAAUGACAUCAAAUAUGACAAUGAGCAACUUAAUGCAAUUGAGUAGUUGGAAAGAAACUUUUAUUCAGAAAAUGACUUACGUGAACAACCCUAAAAUGACACUCUAUUAGAAAUUUUAAAGAAUUUCAAGUCUGAAAUUUUAGAUCACUAAAAUAAAGUGAAAGUUGAGAUCUAAGAAAAGCAUAAAGUUCUAUAAGAGUUCAGGAUCAUUCACAACUUUAUAGAAUCAGCAAAAGUAGCUUAAUAAGUAUUGAAGAAUAAAAUAUAGGAAAGGUAUAUUCUAAAAAAUAUGAAAGUCUCUAAAUUUAACAAAGUUCAUGAGCAGAACAAUAACAGAAGUGAUUCAUCUGAGGCUAAAAGAGAACUUGAAAAAUUGAAUGAAAAAUUCUAAUAGUCAGAAGAUACAAUUAAGCAAAUUUAGCUGAAGCUUUCAAAAGAACUUUUAACUUUUAUAGAAAUAUAAAGGUAAAAAAUAAGCGAUGCAUUAAAAUUGUUUUCUGAUAUGAAUAAAUAAAUAUAUGUUUAAUUAAAUAAAUGA